AAAUGUCCGGCUCACGUAAAUGGCGUGGUGCACUUGCAUGUGUCCUUUGGGCAAGUGUGGUUGCAUGUUUUUUGACAACAGAGACAGCAAGAAAUCCACCGCGUUCAUUGAAACUACGUGGUCUACCUCCUCGUGCUGACGCGGGCGAAACAAACAGUUUUUGGGUAGCCUUGCAAAAAGCCGCCAAUAGGAACAAGACUGAUGCCCAGACCUAUGUGGAGAGGAUCAUUGCGCAUGCAAAAAAUCACGUGAAUUCCAGCAAGGUUGUUGACAGAGAUGAUGCGAUACAGGCUUUGGUGCGGUCAAUGAAAACGCCAGAGUUGCUCUUGGUUUUGGGGGGCAAGCAUUUGGGGAAAACAUUUCUCAAAGGUGAGGCAAUCAAGAGAUGCAAAGAAACGGAAAGGAACAUCGACAUCGUUUCGGUGGACAUGCGGGAUGGUGAUAUGAGUGGCAAACCUUUAAUGGCAGCACUCGACCUGCAACGUCAAAAAUCUCUGAAGUGGUCAACUCGGGCAAUGGAAGUUUUGGGUGCAGUGAUCCGGCCCUUGUCUUGGGGCAGGGAAUACAGUGGAGCCGAAAAGGCAGCAAAGGGUGUGUUGGAUGUCGUUGUCCAAGCAAAACAAAUUUUACAUUCAUAACUUCAUCAACAAGACCAUCAGGAGUGGUAGGAUCCCCAGCCUCAUUGUGGACGAGGCGAAUGUGGCGCUACCUGGACUAGAUAACGUUCCGAAUACAGCGGCCAAGUCAGCUCUAGCGGCCAUCACAAAAUGGACCAAGCAGACAAACCUAGCAAGUGUAAUGUUGAUAUCUUCAGACUUUGGCUACCCGUUUCGUUUGCUGGCAAGUGGCUUGGACUUGAGCACCAUCAGCAAAGUCAUUGUCAUUGGGGAAGUACCAGAGGUUUCCAUGCUAAAGAUGCUGAAAGAUGAUUGGGGCAUGGAUACAGACUUGGCAGAGAUGUUCUACAACUACUUUGGCGGCGACAUUUACACCACCAAGAAGGCUUUGGACAGCCUCAUGGAGAAGAAGGAUAACUUCGACCCCUUUGCAGUUGUGCGAUGUCCCGGGCUGCCUUCGUGUGUGGAAGAUGCAGCGGCGAGGGCUCACCUUGAGAACAUCGCUAAGCAAGGCUUCUCUUUGGUGAAGAAUGUGGAGACAGACGGAGGUGCAAAAAUGAUUGCGGAGAAGAACGUGGGCGGGGUCAUCGACAAGGAUGCCAUCACCUUCGGUUUACCCACCAUCUUCACUGGCGCAGACACGGAAUGGGCUGUCAUCCCCUCGUCUUAUCAUAUGAAGCUGCUGAUUGCCCGUAAGCUCCAACAAAUUCCUUUGCCAACAUCAGGUGGCACUGCGACUGCACCACCAGCUGUUUGGGUGAGACAAAUCCGCAAGGACGACAGCGGUGGCUUUGAGUUCGUCGGCAAUGCAUUUCAAGUCAAGGAUAAGGACGUGCAGAACAUAGACGAUCCAAAAAAAGUGAUUGAAACCGCAGAAAAGCUAUCCAUCGCACCUUCCAAGAUAGAAAUAUACAGCCAAGAGGAUGGUAAAUGGAGCAAGGAAGGGAAGAUGAGUGCACCUCUUCGUGAUAAUGAUGAAGACGCUCCUUAUGGCUACAUUGUGCCAUAGAGGUCGGACUGCUGUGGAUACCUCAUUCCGUAGAGGCUGGCUUGCGAGCAACGUGUGCAGUGUGGCAAUGCUUUUGUAGGGAAAUGGUGCAUCGAGAAGCAGUUUUGCUUUGUGAGGCUCUUGGCGACCUGACUGUGAGCAGACAGUUUCACUAUCAAAUUGUGACUUUCUUUUGCUCCGCGCAUGUGCGUCUUCUCCAUUGUAAGAUGCGUAUAUAUAAUAUGUUUUGUUGUGGCAAGCUUUGCACUUUGGUUUUGUGAUUGUGCGA